GAUCUUGAGGGAAUAUUAUCUUGUUACAUGCGCGAAGAUCAGCAGGAAUUGAAUCGGCAAUUUGAAUAUAUCAUCAGACAGAUGCAUUCGCACGACCAGAAUGGUGAAGAAGAUGGGCUUGGUGAUGAUGAAGACGGUGACGACGAUGAGGAUGAUGACGAAGAGGACACCGCCCAAAUGGAGGUCGACAUAGAUCGAGGUGAUGAUAUCACUGAUAACAAAGAAAACACUCUUGAUGGUGCAAUAGUCGGAGAAAUUUUGCUUAAAGAGCGUUUUGAAAAGGAGAAAGAGAAUGUGUUUCCCAGCGCAAACAAGAGAGCAGGUCGGUCGAAUAUGAAUUCUCCGUUGCUACCUAUGCCAAAUAAGGCCUUGUCUCCUCAACCUCCUUUUGCUAACCACAACGAAAACGACUCCAUUAUGAAUAAUAAUGCUGGUCUUCUUCGACGACCCUCCACACCAAGUCGUAGGAGGAAUUCGAAUAUUACUCCCUCGCAGAUUCCUAAGCCGGCCGGUUCGAAUAGGCAGUCAGUUCCGAGAAAAACUCCGAAUAGGACCUCAAAAGUUAUCGAAGAGACGCAUACAAAGGGUAGAAUAGGAAAGGCUGAAAAACCGGAUUCUCCGCAAACGAGUAGUCAGAAGGAUUCAACUUCAGCCUCGGAAUCUAAAAAACGAGUAGUCGAGAACCAUCCUGAAUACCAGAAAGCAUUCAACAGUCGACCGAAAAUACUUCGUACUCCAGAGCAUAAAGUGGGUCAAAGCGAUAUUCUGAAUAGCAGUUCUAAGCCAAGGCCUGGGUCUGGUAAGGACGAAGUGCUAUAA